UGUGGUUAUGUAUAUUUUUAACAUUGUUAUUAUGUCCGAAAAUAUCUCUUUUACGACGAAACGAAACGCUUCAUUUUCAAAGGGUUGAGUUUUCGAAAUCAUUUUACUCACAGACUACCACUUUACUGUAUUUAUAGUCGCAUCGAUCCAUUUAGUGAGUAAAACAUGUCAAGCCCCAAUGAAAUGGAAAAAUCCACCGAAGAAAAACGGCUUUGGAUAGGAAAUCUCGACCCCAGAAUUACCGAGUAUCAACUAUUGAAACUUGUGCAAAAACAUGGUAAAAUCGAGAAGUUCGAUCUGCUUUUUCACCGAACGGGACCACAGGCUGGACAACCUCGGGGUUAUGCCUUUGUCACCUACUUGAAGAGUAAGGAUGCUGAAGAAGCCAAAAAUGCACUGAAUAAUCUCAAACUUGGACAGAAAAAUAUUCUUGUCACAUGGGCACACAGUAUUAAUAAUGAAGAAAUUGAAAAGCCAAAGCAAGAAAUAUUUAUACCUGCUCUUGCAAUGUCAAAGGAGGAUAAGAAAACUGAUAAAUUGUCUCAAAUACAAGCCAUUGAAAGAAAGUUACAAUUAAUGGAGAAAAAGAAUGAAGAUGAAUUAAAAAUAAAUGAUACUGUUGCUGCUAAAGCUUCAGUAAUCAGCCAGUAUCAGCAGAACAAAGUACUGCUAGUGACGAAUGGUAGUUCAUCAUACAAAUUAAAUCACAGUCACAAAAGAAACAAUAGACACCAUAAACCAUAUGUAAAUAGUAGACUGAAACGAUAAUUAAUGGUAGUUUUAGCUUUAACCAUUAAGAGUGAGACAUUUCUAUUUGUUAUUUAAUUUUUAGUAUUUAUUGCCUCAAUUUAGUUUAAUUAAUACACUAUUAACAAAACAUUUGAGUUUUAAAUGUGAAUGUAUUUUUUAGAAAAUAAUUGAAUAAUGUGUAAUAUGAAAUAUUUACUUCAAAUAGUACAAAUAAAUAUAUGAUAUAAUUAUAUAUUUUUAAAUUCUAACAAAAGUGGAUUAAAACACAUUUUUUCUAGGUAAUGAAAUAAUAAAUUGAACAUUGAAAAUGUAUGUUCAUUCAAAUUAAACCACUAAAUUUGA